AGACAAAAAAAAAAAGAAGAUGGCCGAUAAUACACGUACCCGGGAUCUAAAUGUGAAUAUAUUUACUAAUAUGACAGUUAUAUUUCUCUAUGUUGUUGCUUAAAUUAUCGAAUCACUUUACAUAGAUAUCAGGAGGGAAAUGGUCAAGUUUAAUUGGUGGGAUUUUAUAUUCUAAUGCUUUGGGGUUUGUACAACUCCGAGUGUGUUUUUCUUGGCCAACACGUUAGCCCGGUUCACUGAGGAUGCACUGGAGUGUUUUGCUCAGUUAUUUUCUUUUUGUUUGACGCUCUGGGAUAUGGAAGUUUUGCAAAAUGCUGAGGGAGAAACACAUAAAUACAAGCCGGGGGGUCGCUUGGAUAUGAAUCACGGUUUCCUGCACCAUAUCCGGAGAAAUCAGAUAGCCAGGGAUGAUUAUGACCGGGAGGUGAAACAGGCCAAAGAGCAGCAGAAGCGCAGACACACAGCGGCCCCUCGGCGACCCCGCAGACCAGACCGGGAGGUUUAUCAUCCCCGCCAUCGCAGCAGUUCGGAUGCCGGGGCUGGUGGGGAGGUGGAGGAAUGGAACGAGAGUGGCUCGAGCACAGAGCAGGAGAACAUGGGCACUGAACUCUUCUGGCUCGACUACCAAGCUGACAGCGGACACGUAACGUCCUUCCUCGUCUAUAAGGAGGAUGAGCCAGAAAGUGUAGUAGAAAGGGUGGAGCAGAAGAACGUUCUGGACACGGCUAUGAGGGCAGCGCUGUUGGCACGAAUCUGCAGAGAAAUGGAGAAGCGGCGAGACAAACGCUGAUGUUUCAAAAGGAAAGGAAUGAUGGAUGGCUUUAUACAACAAUACAGACUGUUGUAAUGUGUGAGAUUCUCUCUCACACACACACACACACACACACACACACACACACACACACACACACACCAGUGAGUCUGACCUAAACUGAUAGAAGCAGCAGGACAGAUGUUCAUGCAGAUGCUCUUUGACUGUAUGCAGAUGUGAAGAGAAACAGGGAAGCUGUACAAUGAAAAUGAGCACCACUUUCUACAAUAUAGAAAUAAUCUAUGUUAUGAUAUUUACAUCCUGUUGUUAGGAUGAUACAGGUGAUGGGAUGUAAGCGCAUUCAAAAACAAGAAACAGAACAAAUGACAUGAAACAUCUUUCAUACUCCGAGUGAUCAGAUCUCAUCUAUUUACAUCUGGAGUUUUAUCUCGCGCAGCAACUGCACAUCUUUUCACAUUGAGGAUUUAUUGUAUAAAAUAUUAUGCAGUCUUAUCAAGUUUAGCUCAGGAUUAGAUACAAAAGUUUUCAUAAACUAAACAGUAGUAGAUAAAACCUGCCACCUUAUACCUGACACUUUUUUUUAUAUGCAUAACUACCAAAAAAACAAAAAUCACAUUAUGGUUUGGGUAGAGGUAGCAUAGACCAUCAGGUACCACGUCACGUUAAGGAGGCUAUUUCUGCACAUUUCAUACACAGACAUCUUGUGUUUAUUUAUGAUGGUCACGUGUUUGAGGGGAGAUUGUAUGAUUUGAUUUCUUUUCAUCAGGAAUAAUUUAUGACAUUGGACUCUGACAGUUUUUUUUAAAUGACCUUAAGUUCUUCAUCAGGACUUCUUUUGGUUUUAGGAAGAGAUUUUUAUUUUUGUGACUGUGGUUUCUGUGCAUGCUAAAGAAUUGAAUUGUUUUGUGUAUGUGAGUGGAUGGAUGUGUACAAGCUGAAGAUUUUUACCUCCCAGUGGUUCCUCUACUCAAGGGUAUACUUGAGGUUUUUAAUGUUAUGAACGCAGCUGCAAUAUCAUUGAGAAUGGUCAGUUUGUAAUAUCAUAUUUCAGUGUUUAUAAGAGGGAACAGCAAUGUCUCGGAUUUGCAAAUCACUCUGCAUAAACAGGAAAAAAGGACCUGUGCCUAAGAAAUAUCAUGUGGAAUCCAGGGUGUAUAUGAUGGUGGAAGGGCUGGAAAUACCUAGCCUGGGCCCGCCCAUCCUAAGCGUGACGCAACACGAGGGCCUGCUUUGAAGUCGCGUUAGCCAGACUAGGAAAUACCAGCAUCCAUAUAUUCAAUGAAAGAAUCCCACUCUGCAUCGUGUGUGCGCGCGUGCGUGCACACUGAUAAUCAGUCAAACACUGUAUAUACAUCAGACACAAAAUUGUUAUCCUGGACCUUUUAAAAAAUUAGCACUAUCCCUGUGUUGCAAUCAAUAAAUGCUGACUUUAGUUUAGGAGUCAUUUGUAUACAUUUGUAUACAGUGCCACUCAAAAGUUUGGACACACCUAAUUCAAUGUUUUUUAUUUUUAAUUAAAAGAUGCUUCAUGUCUUAAA